ACAGAGGUUGAUUCAAAUGAACAUGCCGAUCAAUGAAGAGAAGCAGGUCCACUUCACUACCACCCUACUUGCUCUAAUAAGAACAUCACUCAAGAUCAAGAUGCUUCCUCAAGAUGCAGCUGGUAUUGAUAAGACGUACAGAGACCAAUGGCAACUGGAUCAAGAACUACGCCAAGAGAUACGUCUUGCAUGGCCCAACUUGAAUGAAAAGAAAAUGAACUUACUACUGCCACCUGAAGGAGAAACUCAAUUCACUGUGGGCAAAGUUUACGGAGCCAUGCUGGUGUACGAGCACUGGAGGGCAUACAAGAGCCGCAGAGACGGGAAGAAUCCAACUCUUGGUCAGAGACCCAAUAUAUUCCCUCGCAUGGCAGCCCCAGCAACAAGUAGUAAUAAUACUGACCCACAGCUGGACAACCCUCCCAUUGGAGAUCCACUCAGCUCACAAGCUCUUAGUAUGGUCUCAAUUGUGUCUGCAGCUUCUGCUAAUGCUGGGGUCCAUCUACCAAAAGGGUGUAACUCUUUAUCCCCAUAUGGGUCACGAGACACAACCCCCUACUCCAGCCCAACCACUGAGCGACGAUCAAAGUUACAAGUCCCCCACCCAUACAAGCUUGAACCGUUACGAAACAACGCUGCUACAUCACAAGUCGAACCUGUUUACGCACAAUGUGUGGAUCAUGACAUCACACCUACAAUUGAUGACGUCACAGUAGCAUACCAAAGUGGUGGCUUCGAAACUAACGACUACAUGCAAUACACAACACCUGAAGAUUGCAUGGCAAACAACACAUACCGUACUACAACUCUAGCUGAUGAUGUCAUGACCCGUGAUGUCAUAUGUGAUGAUGUCACAGCCUCUUCACCAUUCAUAGCAAUAACAGCUUCAACCCCCGGAGAGGAGAAAUGGUCAUAUGAUGGCUAUAGUCAACCCACACGGUCGCCAGAAAGCAUUACAACUCCUCGUCGACGGUCAAGCAGUGGAAUGUCUGAAAAUUUGACGAUUUGCGAUAAUCGUAAUCGAGCUGUUUCUAUGCCUGGGCUUUUUGAAUUUGCUGCUGAGCAUGAUUACAACGGUGUUCAAAUCCCAGACCCUCGAAUUAAAAGAUCAUUUUCCACUUUGCCAAUGGAUCCAGGACCAAGGCCCAACAGCCCCAACAGUCCAGACAUGAGAGGACUAGGAGAGCAUGCUGUCCCGUCAUUCCCUUACGCCGUCUCGUCGAGCCUCUUCACGGGCAAUGUCAGCGAUGAUGUCACAGAUGAUGACAUCACAGAUGAAGAAUGGGACGUCGUUUUGAGACCGACACUAACUGCGACAACAGCUUCUGUUCAUAGAAAGAUUACAGGGGAUUCCCCAAACUAUGAUGACACUGAUGACAUCAUCAAUGAUGACGUCAAUGAAGACCCUUCAGUUGAGAAAAAAGUUCAACUUUUUUUGGUGCCACCUUCGUUUCACAAUCCAGCUUCUUUUGUGACGAAACAAUCAACAUCUGACGUCAACCAUAAUUCUAUAAAUGGCCAAUUAGAUCCAAUCCUUGAAACCCCUGAACCAAUCAGAAAUGAGAACAUGAUUUCCCAACCAAUCACAAGCGAUGCGGUUUUUGAACAACCGAUUGGCAACGAGGCUAAAGUUUUCAGUCCAGAAGUUGCAAUAAGGUCAUUUUUUUCGCUCGUUUUUAAACCAUUUAUGAGUCGUGAUACUUCGGAACAAUCUGUACAGCUUCCUGUUCAAAAAGAAAGUGCAAUUUAUGAUGUAACGUCACAAGUUUCAUCAUCAUUAGACAGUGUAUAACUUCACAAUAUUGUCUCGAAAACAGUUCCGAAUAUUAAAGUACUGUGGAGUAAGAUGGGACAUCUGUAGGAUACAAUAUCCACUUAUCCCGGUUGUGUUUUAAAUAUUUAAUAUUGCUCUUUUAGAGUCAAGAGCCCACGAACAUAUAACUUUGGAUAUUGUUAGUUUACAACCAAUUGGGAAGACAAAGUAGAAUGAAUCAUGUCUCAUCUUACCCCACCCUAAUGUAUGUUUCAUUUUUAGCAAAAGUUGUUAUUUGCCCUCAUCCGAAUUGCCUUUUCUAAUACUAUUACAAUCCUUUAUAUAUGCACGUUUAUACACUGUGUCUACAUACUAAAAUCCAUGCACUUAAUGUGGCAUAGCCAAUGCAUUUCUUCUCCUAUUUAAAAUUUCAAAGAAAUUUUAACCAAGCAAAAUUCUUAAACAUUAUUUUCAUUACUUUUUUUCACUAAAUUUUAUUACUUCUUCCACUGAACACAUAAAAUCAUAGAUGUCAAAACUUUUUCAAAUGCAAGAAAAAACUUCUUGGUUGUAAUAUAGUAGGUUGGGGAAGAUAGGACACCUUUUGAUUCUGUUUUCUCGUCACAUUUGGUAGUAAACGAAGAAAAUUCAAUUAAUUAUAAAACCGUAUCCUAAUGACUCCCAAGACCCUUGUUAAUUGUUUAAAACAAGAUCAUGAAUAUUAUGUGCUUAAGGUGUCUUAUCGUCCCUCACCCUACUGUAUCACUGAUUAUUGCAAUGCAGAAAUUCCUAGGCCCCUACCACCCCAUGUUUUUGAGCCUAUGCGCUUUACGAACUACUUUAUCCAAAUAGCGAUUCUACUGUCAUAACAUAUAGUGUAUUAACAGUUGAUAAACUUGGGUAAUUGAUAAUAUUAUGAAGGUAUAUUUUGUAA